GCCCUUUGAAGGGAAAAAUACGUACCCUCAAUCCCAGUGACUGUGCGAACUCUGGCCUAGAUUGCUCCGAAGUACCAGCAGGGUGGUGGUGUUGCAGCAGCAGCGGUGGCUUAAAGUUGGCGAAGAAGUGUGUUUGUUUUUUGGUUUUGGGUGAUCAAUACAACGAAAAGGCAAUCGGGCGCAUCGAGUGAAAAGCGAAACAAAGGAGAAGAGAGCUGGGGGUCAGUAGAGUGGACCGUUGUUCUACAUACGACGAGUAGUGGCAAGAACCCAACCUUGAAGAGUCGGCGCGUGCAGCGGGCAUCCCGCCACUAUUCACAGCGAGGAAAAUGUACAGCAAAAUGAAUGGAUAUCCUUCGUCAUGCUUUCGAUCAAGCAGCAGUGGAAGGCUCUGGGGAAUGUCACACUCGCUUCCAUCCGGAAUGUCAAACUACGCCAACUACAUGCAGGAUGCGGACUUUUCCUCGUACUCGCGACCCCGACUCUACGGCGAUAUGCCUUCGAGCAGCACGUUCGGUGGGGGCAACCUGUCGCACCACCAUCACCACCACACGUCCUCGUCCAGCACCAGCUCACUGACGGGAGCGAACUUCGGACCGGGCUCGUCGAACCAUGCCGGCACGAACCUGAUCGUAAACUAUCUGCCACAGGACAUGACGGAGCAGGAGAUGUACUCCAUAUUCGCCAACAUGGGCCCAAUAGAGAGCUGCCGACUGAUGAGAGAUCUCAAGCAGACUGGGUACAGCUACGGGUUCGGGUUUGUAAACUACUUGACGGAGGAUGCGGCGCAACGUGCCAUCAAGUGUCUGAACGGGUACCCGGUCCGGAACAAGCGUUUGAAAGUGUCGUACGCUCGGCCGCAGAGCGACGACAUUAAGGAAACGAAUCUGUACAUAACAAACCUACCACGGUCGAUCACCGAAGAGCAGCUGGACAUCAUCUUCGGCAAGUAUGGCACGAUCGUACAGAAGAACAUCCUGCGCGACAAGUUAACCGGCCAGCCCCGCGGAGUCGCCUUCGUGAGGUUUAACAAGCGGGAGGAAGCGCAGGAAGCGAUAUCGGCCCUGAACAACGUGAUCCCGCAGGGAGGCACCCAGCCCCUGAUAGUGCGUGUUGCCGAGGACCAUGGCCGAGCAAAGGCGGCACUCUACGUACCCUCGUACAACUCUAUCGUGCACAACAAUAGAGGUAGAGUACGAAUGCGCAAUACUCCGUACUGAAUGAUCAUCCAUACUACCAUAUCCAAUAUUUGUCCCUUCCUUCGUCGCAUCCCGGUAAGCUCGGUCACUCGCAAUUUAGCCUCGUUCUGUUGUCGGUUGUGCAUAUUGAAACAUUGACCGAAUGCCUUUGAUGGUGGCAAAACUCGCUCACUAUACGCUGUGCAUUAGUUUGCCCCCUACUUGCGCUUUCAUCACCGAGUAUCCAAUGAUUUUUUUUUCGAGCCACCGGGAUGCACUGCUAUCCAUGUAUGACCAAGAAUAAAAAGGUCGAAGCCGAGUUCGAUCGAGCCUCCCUGUUUCCCCCCUAUUUUCCCCUACCAUUACAAGCGUUUUCUUUAUACUUUCAAUAUCAUCGCCAAACCUAGCACGUGGCCGCCCGUGUGUAGUGUUGUGUGCGAUCGUUACAGCAAUAGCAACUAUAGAAGCUCAUGCGCUUGAAGUUAUGUUUAAUUCCGUUCGUCUUCCUUUGAUAAGCUUUUCUUUGUCACUCCCUUGGAAUGUUGGGAUCUCUUCUCGUUUUAGUUCAUUAAAUACGAUCACAGCUCAUCUCGAUUGCAAACAGUACUCGUCAGGCGUCGAUAGACAAGCUAGAUAGACAGAUAGAUAGAUAGAUAGAUAGAUAGAUAGAUAGAUAGACAGACAGACAGACAGA